AUGGUCCGUGUGACAUCUCACCUCCAAAUCAUCGAUGGAAGUGACUUACUGAUGAGUUUACAACAGCACAAACGGAGCCAUGAGCCUAGGAACCUGGAGUGUUUCGGAUGCGACUAUACAUUUGCCUCAUUUUCGGCAAUGUUGCUUCACUUGGAGUCGGGCACUUGCGCCUCCGGCGUGGAUGUCGAUUAUAUUGACGAGCUCGCUUUCGAAUGCUACCAAAGCCCCAAAUACUCAGAUAAUGUGAACGAUGACUUCCCAUUCUUCUGUCUGAUCUGUGGUUCUGAAUUUGGCUCCCUUUCGGGGUUGUUUCAGCAUUCUGAAACGACAUUGAAUUGUCGAAGCAAUACGACUGAUCGAGGAUGCCUUGCAAAGCUGAGGCAUUUUAUGCGAAUGAGACUGACAUAA